AUGGCUCAAGAAGAGAUGGAAGUUGAUCUCCAGCCAGCGGCUGGUUACUCGGUAGAGAACUUCAGGAUGCUUCCCGCAGAGCACUCUGGUCACACAGCACUGUCGUCCCAUGCUCCAGUGCUCAGUGAAGGAGGCGGCGGCAGCGUUACAGUUCUUCCUGCGGAUGACGCUGUUGUCAUACCAAAUACUGGUGCAACAAGGGAAGCAUCUGCUGAGCCUGACCCACAGUUGAGUCCUGCCUCCACUCUCAAUGGACUGCAAAGGCUACGAGGAGCAUUUGAUCUGUAUCAGCCAUUGCCUGUGCCACAGGUCAUGCAGCAUCCGCGAGUGAGGAGAGCUCGCAGGCAACAGAGAAUUGGUGGUUCCCAGAGGACUGUCAGUGUCAGGACAGCAUUGGACAGUUACUUUCAACUCAGCAGGACCCAAGAGCCAGCUACAGGACCAGUUCCACAUCUGGAGCCCUUGCGUAUUGCGAGGGAUAGCCAGGAACACAGCUCAGAUGAAACAGUAGAAGUGAGUGACUCUGACAGCAGCACUUCUGCUGAGGAGGAGGAAGCAGUGGAGGCUGCAGCACCGUUGUUGCCAUCAGCCCAGGAGACACCUCCAGCAGCUAGCUCAGGAGCUUCCAGUCAGGUCCAAGCAGAGCCAUCUCAAGCUUCUGCAGAACAUGGAAGUCAUGAAGAGGCUGAAGUCCAGCAAGAGCAGAGAACUCCACUAAAGAAACUGGAACCAUCAGUUCCUGUUGCACCGCUGGAUGAGGAGGAAGGGGAUACCUGUGCAAUCUGCUUUGAGCAGUGGACCAAUGCAGGGGACCACCGUCUCUCAGCAUUGCGGUGUGGGCACCUAUUUGGUUACACAUGCAUUGAAAGGUGGCUAAAGGGACAGGCGGGGAAGUGCCCCCAGUGCAAUAAGAAAGCAAAACGUUCUGACAUUGUGAUCCUGUAUGCUCGUACUUUGAAAACACUGGAUACCAGUGAACAGGAACGCAUGAAAAGCUCUUUAGAAAAGGAGCAGAUGUUACGGAGACAGGCAGAGCUGGAAUCUGCACAGAGCCGUCUCCAGUUGCAGGUUUUGACAGAUGAAUGCAGCAAACUCCGCAAGCAAGUUCAGGAGCUGAAGGCUCUGGUGGCUCAGCACAAUGUGAAUGCUUCUCAGCAACCUGGCAGUUCCCGUGCCCGCCUCCCAGGCAGCCUCCCCUCCAGCCAAAGCCAGCGCAAGUACCACUUGGAAAAGGUUUUUGUGGUGUCUCAGACUGGGAACUGCAGGGUAAUGGCAUACUGUGACUCACUGAGUUGUCUCGUGGUAUCACAGCCUUCUCCACAGUCUACUUUUAUUCCUGGUUGUGGUGUUAAGAUGAUGAGCGUGGCCAACCUGAAGAGCAGUCAGUACAUCCCCAUCCAUAGUAAACAGAUUCGGGGACUGGCUUUCGGCAGUCGAGCAGAUGGCUUGCUGCUGUCUGCUGCUCUGGACAACACUCUUAAACUUACCAGCUUGGCAACAAAUACUGUAGUGCAGACAUACAAUGCUGGCCGUCCUGUCUGGAGCUGCUGCUGGUGCCUCGAUGAUACAAACUACAUCUAUGCUGGAUUGGUCAAUGGCUCUAUCAUGAUAUAUGAUUUGAGAGACACGAACUCCCAUGUCCAGGAACUAGUUCCUCAGAAGUCAAGGUGCCCCAUGGUAUCGCUGUCCUAUCUGCCGCGGAUGGCUUCAGCAUCACUGCCUUACGGUGGAAUAUUAGCUGGGACCUUGGAAGGAGCCUGCUUUUGGGAACGGAAAGCUGGCAACUCCUACCGGCCUCAUCACCUGCCACUGGAACCUGGAGGAUGCAUCGAUAUUCAAACAGAGAUCAGCACACGGCACUGCCUCGCGACAUACAGGCCUAGUAAAAAUAACCCAUGUGUGCGUUGUGUGAUGAUGGAACUGACUUGCAGCCCACUGACAGAGGCAUCUGAAGAUGUGGUGUGUUCUUCUAACCCAGUUCAGACUUUCAGUGCUGGGCCCACCUGCAAGUUGCUGACCAAGAAUGCCAUUUUUCAGAGCCCAGAGGAGGAUGGCAGCGUCUUUGUGUGUGCUGGUGAUGAGGCAUCUAAUUCUGCCCUGCUAUGGGAUGCUGGAAGUGGCUCCUUGCUGCAGAAGCUGCAGGCUGACCUGCCUGUGCUGGAUAUCUGCCCCUUGGAAGUGAACCAAACCCACCUCCUGGCUACUCUGACUGAGAAGACAGUGAAGAUCUACAAGUGGCAGUGAGAGCUGUCCCUGCCACACCUGCCACAGAGAGGCUUUCCAAAUAUGCUGCUGACUAACCCUACACAACCACUCAGUCCCAGACUCUGCUGUCCUG